AUGGAGGACAUACCAACUCUGGGGGCCCUGGAGGUGGUGGACCAGCCGCUUUGUCCUCUGACUGGACGGACUCUGACAGAGGGAGCAGCUGACUGUGCAGCUUCUUCACAGAAUGCUGAUUCUGGAGUGAACAGGACGGCUGUGACUGAAGUCCAGAAGAUGGACAGAGCAGAGUCUGAGGCUCUGAACAGGGACCAGUCCAGACCUCCAGACCUCAGAGCUGGUCCGGGUCCAUCAGACACAAAGAGCAGAGACAGCAGCUCUGGCUCUGCUGGAACCAUGUUAGUGAUGGAGAAAUGUCUUCACAGAGGGAGGAAGAGGAGUGGUGUCUGGGAGGAGGAGCAGCUGUCCAGCUGUGCUUUGUGUCAGGACGUCCUGAAGGAUCCAGUCUCUACCAGCUGUGGACACUGGUUCUGCAGACAGUCCAGCAGCUCAUACUGGGACCAGUCUGCCCUAUCAGGGCACCCCCCCUGUCCCCAGUGUGGAGAAAGAACCAUAACUGUAGCA